AUGGAAUUUAUGAGUGGAAACUACGCCUUAGUGACUGAGUUUAUUCUAUUAGGGUUUCCAACUCGCCCUGAACUGCAGAGUGUCCUAUUCCUUGUGUUUCUGACAUUAUAUGGUUUGAUUCUACUGGGGAACAUUGGAUUGAUGAUGUUAAUCAGGACCGAUCUGCACCUUCAAACUCCCACAUAUUUUUUUCUUAGCAACCUAUCCUUUGUAGACUUUUGUUAUUCCUCAGUCAUUGUUCCCAAAAUGCUGGUCAAUUUCCUCUCAGAGAGCAAAUCCAUUUCCUAUGGCUGUGCCCUGCAGUUUUAUUUUGCCUCUACUUUUGCAGACACAGAAUCCUUUAUAUUGGCUGCCAUGGCAUAUGAUCGCUAUGUCGCCUUCUGUAACCCUUUACUCUACACAGUUGUGAUGUGUCGGAGUAUCUGUAUAUGGCUGGUUAGCUUGUCAUAUGUUGGAGGCAACAUGAGCUCCCUAGUUCACACCUCCUUUGCAUUUAUUCUGAAAUACUGUGAUAAAAAUCUCAUCAACCAUUUUUUCUGUGACCUCCCUCCCCUGCUUAAGCUAUCCUGCACAGACACAUCAAUUAAUGAAUGGCUUCUUGCCACGUAUGGCAGCUCAGUGGAAAUUAUCUGUUUCAUGAUCAUCAUCAUCUCCUACUUUUUCAUUCUUCUCUCAGUCUUAAAGAUCAGAUCUUCCAGUGGGAGGAAGAAAACCAUCUCUACGUGUGCAUCUCACCUGACUUCUGUGGCCAUCUAUCAGGGGACUCCUCUCUUCAUUUACUCAUGACCCAGCUACCUCUAUUCUCCCAACACUGAUAAAAUUAUCUCAGUGUUCUACACCAUUUUCAUCCCAGUGCUCAAUCCACUGAUUUAUACUUUGAGAAAUAAAGACGUAAAAGAUGCAGCUAAGAAAGCCAUAAGAUCAAAGGUGGAUUCCUCAUGA